AUGCCUCCUAAAACAACAAAAGAUCAAAAGGGUCGAUAAUUAUUUAAAGUAGGAACACCAUUAAAGGAUGUGAUUCCAUAGAGUGUAAAGAAUCCACCAAGAGAUCCAAAGACUUUAAAAGCACCAGAACAAAUAACUAAAUAGAUGAUGCAAGGUAAAGGAAAUUGUUAAUAUAAACAAGAAUUUCAUGCAUUUGCUGAUCCAGAAGAAUGGCCAGGUGAUGAAGUUAUAUAAGGCUUAAAUCUUUUAUAAGGUGAGAGUUAAAUAACAAAGUGUAAGUUUGAAACUGACAAAUAUGUUCCUUUUUGAGGAAGACCUAAGAAUUUUUUAAGAUGAAGAUGGCAAUAGUAUAAAUAUAAUUGAUGUUAGAGAAUCUGAACAUGAACCACCUUAUAUGAAUAUGAGAGAAAAUCGAUACAAUAUGAAUGAUGAUUAUUAUUCAACUAGAUUGGAAACAGUAGAGAAAAUACAUUAUAUGGAGAAGGAAGUAGAACAUUAAUUGACAAUAUGUGAGAGUUAUGAGAGAAUGGAAACAUAAGAAGAAGUAGAGUUGAGAAGAAAAGACUUUUUGGAAAAAUAAGCAGCAUAAUAAAAGAAUAAGAAGGGAAAUAAAAAAUAAGUAGAGGAAGUAUUUGAUGAAAAUCCUAAAUUAACAUCUGAUGUUAGAUUAAGUGAUUUAAUAUGUAAUGAUACAUUACCACCAAAUUCUCGUUGGAUUGCAUCAUAAUUAUAAUAGAUUAAAGAUAGAGAUAUUAGAGAUUGUUUUAAUUAGAAAUCUCUUUCAAGCAAGAUAUAUCCUUAAAAAGAUGGUGCACCAAUUUAUAAUCCAAAUGGAAAAUAUAUAGUGAAAUUAUAUUUUAUGGGAAAAGAGAGAAAAAUAUAAGUAUCUGAUCAUAUGCCAACAAUUUUUGAUGGUAAAGCUUUAUUACCUUAAAGUAUUGAUAAAAAUUAAUUAUGGCCAAUGAUAAUAAGUAAAGCAGUUUUAUAAUUGUGGGAUUAUUAAAGUAAGGGAAGUUUAGUAGGAGAUGGAUUUGUAAUGUAUUCAUUAAUGGGUUUAUUGAGUGAAACUAUAGAUUUGAAAACAAUUAAUAGUUGGGGUAUAAUUGAUAAUAUGAUGAAUAAUAAUCAUUAUAUUUAAAAGGAUGUAUUUGUAUCUACUUAUAGUUAUAAAAAUUAAUCAAAUUUAAAUACAAAUAAUAGAUCAAAAAAAGAUUUUUAAUUAGAAUUAUUAAGAAAUCCUAAGAAGGAAUUUGAAAAUUAUGAAAUUGGUCGAAAUAAACAUGGAUCUCCAUCAUAACAUUAAUAAUAAUAAUAAUAAGAUGAAUAGGAGGAAUAAUAAGAAGAAAUGUAAUAAGACGAAGGUUAAGAAAAAGUAUAAAGAUUUAGAAAAACAUAAAGAGGAUUUUCUUUUGAAAGUUUGAGUAGAUCAUAUUCUAUACCUAAAUAAUUAAAGAUUCCUGGGAAUAAAAAUUUGAAUACUUGUUUUUCAUAUUCAAUAGUUGAAUAAUUUUAAAAUGAGACUGGAUUUAAUAUGGUAUAUGCAUAAAAGAGAAGUGAUAGAGAAUUAAGAUUGAGAUAAGAAUAUUUUGAUUUGUGUAAGACUCCAAUGAAUAAAAUGACUAAAGAAGAGAAAUUAGAAUUGAGAAGAAGAAAGAAAGAAAUAAAUAAAAGAAAAACUUUAAGAUGAUGAUAAAAAAAGAAUAUCUUUAAUUAGUUAAUAACCAGUUAAACAUAGAUAUUUAAGAUUAAAGAGCGAUGUUUAAGGUAAAGAUCAAGUAAUAGUAUUCAGUCCUUUAGCAGCAGAUGAAAUUUACAUAGCUAAAAAAUGUGUAGUAAAUAAACUUAAUAAACCACCUAAUUAUGAUAUUCCUGAAAUAAAAGGAGAUGAUAAAUCUGUAUUUUCAGCUAAUCCAAAAAAUACUGAUGAUAGUUUUACUGUUAAACCUUUAGAGGAUUUCUCAUCUGUUGCAAAUGCUUAAGAACCAUUUAAUAGAGGAGAAGGAGGAUAUUGGGUUCAUGAAAAAGAAUUUCUUAGUCUUUUUGAAUAUAUACAAAUAGCUUAUGAUCCAAAAAAAUAUAAUCUAUAACUUUUACAAAUUUAAAGUAAUCCAGAUAAUGAUAUUACUAAUUAUGAUAAUAUUGAAAUGAUCAUUUUUAAAAAGAUCCAGAUUCUGAAGAUUAUGCUUAAGUUUAAUUCCUUUAUGGAUUUUAACCUAAAUAUUCUUAAGAUAAAGAUCUCAAUUAAUAAAUAAGACCAUAUUCUAUGUUAUAACGUUUUGAUAUAGAAACAUAUGAAUCUAUUCUAGAUUAUAAAUUACUUAAUCAAUGUGUUAGUUCUUAGAUGCUUUUAUUAGAUAAUAAAAAUCAUAUUUUCAAAAUGAAUAUAUAUUCCCCACUUAAUUUUACUAUGUGGUUAGCAUCUAAUAAUAAAAUAAUCACCCAAAGUGUCUUUGAUUAUUUAAUUGAUUUUGAAAAUUAUUAGAAAUAAUCCUUCUAAAUUGAUUAUCCACCAUGUGAAGCUAAUAGAUAUUAUGUCUAUUUUAGAUUUAAAGUAUUCUUAAAUUCAAAUAAAGACAAUGGUUCAUUUGUAUAUAAAUUAAAAAGUACUACUGAUAAUCAAUUAUUAAAAUUUCUCAAAAUUAAAUUAUGUGAAAUUCCUCCUUCUGAUAAUAAUUUAAUGCUUACAACUAUUGAAGGUGUUCACAAGAAUUUAUUUGAAAGUGAAUCUAUUAUUAAUGGUACUUAAAGAAUGAUGCUCAGAAGUUAAACUAAUUAUUAUUUUAUUCUAGAGGGAACUCCUUUAUAUAAUUCAUAAGAAGGAACUUUUGAAUUAGAUUUCUUAGUCAAUUCAGAAUUUACAUUCACAUUACUAGAGAAUAUUGAACCUACCCGUUAUUAUGAUAAAUAUAUUCCAACCAAAUAUGGUACCAUUUUUAGAGAAAGAAUAUUUGCAAAUGAUGCUUAAGCUAGCAUUUAUGUUAGAUUAACUGAAGGACAAUAAGUUUAAUAAUAAUAAUAAGUAGCCAAAGGAAAAUAAACUAAAGGUGGACCAUAAGAAUUAGAAAUUGUUGAAUCUGAAAUGAGAGGAGAAAGACUUAUUCGUUUAGAAUUAUAUCAUGGUGAUGAUCUUAUUGUUUAUAAUUAUGGAAUCAAUUCAGUUACGCUCUCUAAUGUUGCUUUGCCUAAAGAUGAAAAUUAUGUUAUCUAAGCCUCUUUCGAUCUUAGAGAAUGGCCAGAAGCUAAAAUUAAAUCUGAAGAAACUGAUAAUAUAUUUUGGUUUACUACCAUUUUUGCUUCUGAUACUAUUGCACUAGUUAGAGAUACAACAAAGGAAGACAAAGAAAAAGCUAUUAAAAAAUCUUGGGAAGAUAAAGAACCAGUAAGAGCUGUUAAUGCUAAAAAGUCUAGAACUAAAUAUUUACUUACUCUAAAAGGAGAGCUAACUCCUGAAGAAUAAGCACUUGUAAAUGCACCAAGAAUGACUAAAAAGCAAAGAGAAGAGGAAGCAAAAUAAGCUGCUCAAAAAAAGGAUCCCAAAAAGGAUGAUAAAAAAGCAGGGAAAUAAACAAAAGUUGAGGCACCUGUUGAAACUGUUCCAUAAUAAAGAUAAAUACCUAAAUCUGAAAAUCAUGUUAAUGAAGCUAUUACAUAAUUUCUAUAACAUUUAGAAUAAGAUAGGAUUAUGGAUCAUUAUGCUAGACAUGCUGGAUUAAAGAAUGUAAGAAGUGAUGUGUAAAAAAGAGAAAUUGUAGAAGGAAUUUUAAUGGGUAAAGAAGAGAUUGCUGGAAUAAUUUAAAGAAAUCUUAAAAUGAGAGAAGAAAUUAAGCUUUUAUAAAAGUAUUUAUUAUUUAUAGACUUUUUAGAGAUAAUAAAGAAAUUCUAAUUAAUGAAUUCUAAUCUUAUAGAUCAUCAUACAAAUAAGAACUUAUAGAUAUAUUUUAAUAAAGAGAUUCUAUUAAAUAAGAUUUAACUUAAUUAAUGAAGAAGGAGCAAUAAUUAUUUGAUGUAUUUUUUUAUACAUUGAUUUUAAUAGUUAUGUAAAUCAGAUAAAGUAGGAAAUCCAGAAGAUGUUGAAAAAUUGAUUGCUGAUCCUCCUUAAUUGGAUCCAGUGUUAGUUAAUGCAGCUAAAUAAGUUAUUAAUAAUUGGAGGAUUGCAAUAAUUCAAGAAAAAAUAAACAAUGCUUUAUAAAACUUUGAUAUAGAUACAUUAUAAAAGUGUGUUGAUCAAAUUGCUUAAUUAAAUAUUGAAGGAAUAGAUACAAGUUCUGCAGAAGAUAUGUUAGAUGAUGCAUCCAGGAAUCCAAACUUUAGGCUGAGAAAUUGGCAGAACUUAAAAAGUAGGAUAAAAAGCCAAAUAAAAAAUGAGAAUAUAAAUUUGGUAAUAUAUAAAUUACACUUAUUAUUGAUUUGA